UUUUCCUCUGUGUGCUGUUCCAAGGUCAGUUGUGAAAGGAGGAACCUCAGUGGUGGAGCCAUGUUGUCGGCCGAGGAGAUUUUGUGCAACACGCAGCAGGUGAUCGCAGGGCUGGAGGCUCUCAGAGUAGAGAAUCGCAGUCUGCUGGAGAACUUGCAGGAGGUGAUGGAGAGCCGGUCUGUUUCAGACAGCGGCAGCGUGGAGCAUGAGAAGAGCGGCAUCAUCCGUCAGUCACUGGAAAGGAUAGAGCUGGGGCUGAGCGAGGCACAGGUGAUGAUGGCGUUGUCUGCUCACCUAGGAUCACUGGAGGCAGAGAAACAGAAGCUGCGAGCUCAGGUGCGUCGUCUCUGUCAGGAGAACCAGUGGCUGAGGGAUGAGCUGGCCGGUGCACAGCAGCGGCUGCAGGACAGAGAACAGGAAGUGGUCACCCUGGAGGAGCAGAACAGACAUCUGCAGUUCAUGUCCUCCAUACGCAAAUACGACCUGGAGGAACCCCACCUGGAUGAUAAGGACACAUCCUCCAACAAAGAGUCUCUGGAUGAUCUAUUUCCCACUGAUGAUGAGGAACAAUCACAGAUGUCCCAGCCUCACCACAGCAGUGCAGCAGCUGCAGCCCAGCAGGGCGGCUACGAGAUCCCCGCCCGCCUUCGAACGCUCCACAACCUGGUCAUCCAGUACGCCUCCCAGGGACGAUAUGAAGUCGCUGUACCGCUCUGCAAACAGGCUUUGGAAGACUUGGAGAAGUCUUCAGGCCACACACACCCAGAUGUCGCCACCAUGCUGAAUAUACUGGCGCUGGUUUAUAGAGACCAGAACAAAUACAAAGAAGCAGCCAGUCUGUUGAACGACGCACUUGCGAUCAGGGAGAAAACUCUGGGGAUAGACCAUCCAGCUGUGGCUGCAACACUCAACAACCUGGCAGUGCUUUAUGGGAAAAGAGGGAAAUACAAGGAAGCGGAGCCGCUAUGUAAACGAGCUCUGGAGAUCAGAGAGAAGGUUCUAGGUAUAGACCACCCAGAUGUGGCCAAGCAGCUGAACAAUCUGGCUCUGCUGUGUCAGAACCAGGGGAAGUACCAGGAGGUGGAGCAGUACUAUGAACGUGCUCUGCACAUUUACCAAAGCAAACUGGGACCAGACGACGCCAACGUGGCAAAGACCAAGAACAACCUGGCCUCAUGUUAUCUCAAACAGGGGAAAUACAGACAAGCUGAGGCUCUUUACAAAGAGAUCCUGACACGAGCACAUGAAAAAGAGUUUGGAUCAGUGGAAGGUGAAGGUCGUCCCAGCUGGUCCGGAGCAGAGGACGGUGGCUCCAGACCGGACGAACUCAGUAACCUGAAGCGCAGCGGCUCCUUCACCAAGCUCAGAGAGUCGAUACGCAGGAGCAGUGAGAAACUGGUCCGCAAGCUAAGAGGAGUCGAGCUGGAGGAAACGACCCCGAGGAAUGCUGGGAUGAAGAGAGCAAACUCUCUGAAUGUGUUGAAUGUUGGAGCCAGAGAGAGUCAAGAUGGAGCACAGUCGAGCCGUUUGACAGAUAUCCGAGGUCUGAGCUCCAGCACGCUGAGUCUGACGAGACGAGGUUCACUCGGUGGGACCAGCUAACACACACACACACACACACACACACACACACACACACACACACACUUGAAUUUGUGAGGAGCAGCCCACAAUGUCCUCACUCUGUAAGGUCUAUAGCUCAAAGCGGUUCUCACCUUCUCUCUAUGUAAUACCUGCUCUGACUGUUAUAAACUCACAGCCCUGAAUCGACCGUUUAAAUUAGAUGAACUUCACCAAAGUAAAUUCCCCUUUUUUUAAAUGAGGGGAACAGAAAGAGACCACACCUUGAUGUAUUUACAAUGCACUGUAAUGUUUCCUUCCUAUUCUCUUGAAAUUAACAUAGUUCCUUCAUGGAUGUCGGUAAAAUCAAAUUCAGUUUCCUCAUUACAAGUUAACUAUUUACCCAAAGGUAACUUUUAACUUAAAUGAUUAUGGAUUGGAAACUCAUUUGUUGACGAUAGACUUUUAAAAAAAAAUCACUUUAUUUUAAAGUUUAACAGAUUUAUUGAAAUGCCAGCUUAUCAUUUUUAAAAUCUUGUUUUUUGAGGAGCACAGGGACGUAAAUGUAUUUUUGCACAAUGAUCAAAAAUGUUAGUAAAAAUUAAGAUGUUACAUUUUGUUUACGAGGGCAAAGUUUAUACUGUUAAAGAAAUGUAUUUAUUUAAGAUAAAUGCUUUUGCCUUUAAAAUGUUUAGGUCAUUCAAUUUAUAUUUAAUAUUUCCAGAUGAUAAUGAUAAAAACACAAAUCUGUUUACUUUAGCUGUUUUACUCCACAUUCCAGUUCUGUCAUUCCAUAUUAUGAAAAUAAGGAUGAACUGUUUUUAAACCUAACUUCCAACACCAGCUCUAAGAAAAGAAUGUACAUAUCUGACCUGAAAGAUUAUUAAUCCUUUAACCAUUCAAAUCAAAGGGAAAGUGGUGUCAUACUUUUGGAAACAACCGUAGAAUAUGAAUCAAUAUUUCAUUAUUAUUCACACUUUACCAUUUUAUAAUUUUUUUGCAUGUUGAGCUUUUAAUUUCUUUUCUGUUCAGAACAUUUCAGUUUUAUGCUACGUGGACUCCCAUAGUUAUUGUUGUGUGCCUGAGUCAGGGUUACCUACUGCACCUACUGAUUUUUGGGGGGGCAGUGAAAAGUUCUGCCCACCACGUGAAGUCAAAUAUUUUCUGUGUUUCUGUGUCUACCGAGUCCUGAGGGAAACAUCUGUCUCUUUAGCUGCUGGAUGCUCGACUACGUUUACCAGCUAGUCUCUGUGUUGGUCUGGAGCUGAGCAGGUCGAACUAGUGUGGCAGAUAAAAAUGCUCCAGUGUGAGUAAACAGCUAAACAACUAUGGAGCUUUUUUCCUUUCUUUAUUCGAGAGCGUGGUCUUUCAGUUUGAGGGCAUGACUUGUUGGAUUUAUGCUCAGAUUGUUACUUUUCACCAAAACCCUGUCUUUGCACUUAAAUAGCUCCUGUUUGCACUUACAUUCGCUCUGCUUCUGCACAAACUGUGUGCUUGCAACAUAUAUUGUCGCUUGCACGGAUUUCCUGCGCUCCAAGCUUCAGCCCAGGGUUUUGAUGAAAAGUCGUGCCCUCAAACUGGAAGACUAUGCUCUUGAAUAAAGAUAGGAAAUAAGCUCCACAAACAACUAGCUGAAACAAUAUAAAGCUCAAACGUCGAUGGGGCCGCAGAUUUAAGUGAUAAUUCUUAGUUUUGAAUUUAGCAACUUUAAAUCUUUCGUCUUGUAAUUUUACAUUUAUGCUCAUUCACUGAAAUGCCUGAAAUCC